AUGGCAGCAUCCCAGAAGCCAACAGAAACGUUGUGUACCCCGACGACGGCGGAGACCAUGCUCGUGUUCGAUAUCGCCGGGUACAGCCUGCACAAGGGCAUCGGCGCCGGCAAAUUCAUCCAGUCCAACCCCGUCUCUGUUGGCGGCUACGAGUGGUGCAUACGCUACUACCCUGACGGAGACGCAAGCAAGGAGAGCGAGGACCACGUGUCGGUCUACCUGGAGCUCCUGACCAAGGGCGCCAAGGCAAGGGUGAUCUACGACCUGAGGCUGGUCAACCAUGAAAUCGAUCUGACCACGGGGAGGUGCUGCCCGAAAUCGCCGACAGAGUUCGACUCCCUCGACGCAUCCAUCCUUGGGAGAAACAAGCAGCUCAAGAAGAAGAGAAGCGAACUAGAGAAGUCUCCAUUCCUGCGGGAUGACCGCCUCAUGAUCGAGUGUGCCCUCACUGUGAUCAAGGAACCACUUGUGGAGGAGACCGUUAAAAUCCGGGUGCCACCCUCAGACUUGGCAGAUAAUCUUGGAAAAUGGCUAGAGACGAAGGAGGAAACAGAUGUGACAUUCAAUGUUAGAGGGGAGACCUUCCAUGCGCAUAAGAUCUUGCUUGCGAUGCGGUCACCGGUCUUCAAGGCCCAGCUCUAUGGACCGAUGGGAGACAGGACGGCGCGGAACAUAACCGUGGAAGAUAUGCAGCCUGAUGUUUUCAAGGACUUGCUUGACUUCAUCUACUGUGAUAAGUUGCCUUCCCUGGACAACCCCGAUAAGGAGAAUGACGAGAUGGUUAAGCAUUUACUGGUGGCUGCAGAUCGCUAUGCCAUGGAAAGGAUGAAGAUGAUAUGUGAAGCCGUUCUCUGCAAAAGUCUUACUGUCGAGACUGUCGCGUCCACGUUAGCUCUGGCUGAUCAGUAUCAUUGCAGCGGGCUCAAAGAUGCUUGCAUUGAAUUUGCCAUCUCUUGUAAUAGAAUGGGUGGUGUGGUUGCAAGCCAAGGGUAUGUGCACUUGAAAAGAUCAUGCCCUGCUGUCUUAGGAGAUAUCCUGGAGAGAGUAACGAAGUCUCCCAAAGUUUAG